AUGGCUCAUUCGCCAGAUGCAGGGCUCAAAGAGAUGACCAAUGGGGUGCACCCCAGUGUUCACCCUGGGGGCUCCAGCACCACCACACGCUACUUGCAUAAAAAACAGCAGCGCCAACGAGGGGUCCGCUCUUCGUCACCCAUGGGAAGAGUCAUCCUUAUUAAUGCUCCUGUUGACGGUGGGGAUGACAGUGAAGAUAUUCACACUAUCACUGUGGAUAAGAGUGAGGAUGGCAGACUGGGCUUCAGUGUACGUGGAGGAUCAGAGCAUGGCCUCAGCAUCUUUGUCAGUAAAGUCGAAGACAACAGUGCAGCCGAAAUGGCAGGGCUGUGUGUGGGUGAUAAACUGGUUGAGGUGAAUGGCAUCAGUCUGGAGAGCAUCACUAUGAGUAGCGCUGUCAAGGUUCUGACUGGGAAUAAUCGGCUCAGGAUGGUCGUACGUCGUGUUGGAAAAGUGCCUGGCAUCCGCUACUCCAAGGAAAAGACCACAUGGGUGGAUCUAAUUCACCGUAGGAUGGUGGUUGAGGAAAGUGGUCGCACUCCAUCAGAGGCCAGCUCAGAUAGCGCACUCCGGCGAAUUGUUCACUUGUAUACCACUUCAGAUGACUACUGCCUGGGAUUCAACAUCCGUGGGGGAAAAGAGUUUGGCCUUGGGAUCUACGUCUCCAAGCUGGACCCUGGUGGUUUGGCAGAGCAGAAUGGGAUUAAAAUGGGCGAUCAGAUCCUGGCGGCCAAUGGGGUGAGCUUUGAGGACAUCACCCAUAGCAACGCUGUAGAAGUGCUGAAGAGUCACACUCACAUCAUGCUGACAAUCAAGGAAGCUGGUCGGUAUCCUGCAUAUAAAGAGAUGGUAGCGGAAUAUAGCUGGCUGAAUAAAUUGGGGAACGGCCAGCCAUCCUCCUCCCAGGGUUCGGACUCGUUCUCCUCCACAUCCUCGCUGUCCUCGGGCACACCCAUCAGCUCUCUGAGCGGCCUAUCACAAGUCAUGUUCCCUCCUGUUCCACCUGCCUUCGGCUCCGAGAUGGUGGACGUUUGCAUCUCUACGGAGGACCGUUCGCGCCGACCCAGUUCCGAUCGGACUGAAACCGCCAUCCAGACCGACCCUCCGGAGGCCGGCAGGUUCGCUGCCACGGAAACCAGUCGCACGGUGGGAGAGACGGAGCUGUUAAAGGACACGGUGAUCCGCGCUGGGGGCUUUGAGAAGAGCGGUCGGAUCCAGGCCAAAACCUUCUCCGUGGGCGAUAAAGAGGUUCUGGAUUCGCCCAAAACUGCUGUGCUGAUGGCCCUCAGUAAACCGCGCCGUCCCAUUCGUCGCUCACAGAGUCACAUUACUCCGUCAGACUGUGUCAUUGUGUACGCUGACGAUGCCUUUGUUAAAUGACUGUGCGAUUUGACUGUGUUUUCAGAGCAAAAACAGAAGAGGAAACAGCAACAACAGAAGGGGGUGUCUGAGAGGGAGGGUGGGACGCUGCAGCGGUCUAAGACAUUUGUCAGCCUGCUGUUUAAAAGUGGCCGCAGAAGAGAAGCCUCCAAAGACCGCCGAGAAACACGGUCUAAAUCACCGUCACACUCAGAACGCGGGAAGAGUCGGAAUUACAAUGCCUUUAGCCUGCUGAGUUCCCCCAGAGAGACCCGCGCUGGGGUUAGAGACGGCAGUCCCCCACCGCUCAACCCUGAAGUCCUUGUCACAGUGGAGAACAUGGCACGCAAACUGCUGAGUGAAGAUGAAGUCACAGCAGUCAUGAGACACUGCAAAAGGUUUCUGGCAGAGCAGAUGGUGGAGGACCUUGUGCGACCACUCUUGGCUAUCCUGGACAGGCCUGAGAAACUGCUGCUGCUCAGGGAGAUACGAAUGCUGAUCCCUCCCACCGAGCUGGGUCGGUUUGACAGCAUGGUGAUGCCCUUUGAACUGGAGGCCUACGACAUUCUGAAAAGCCGAUCAUUGAGAUCUCCUGCCCUGAGGUCCCCCCAUCACAGUGGAACACCCCGACGCCAUCUCAUUACCCCUAUCCCAGACUACAGGGGUGGCUUCCUGCUGCAGCCUGCACAGGAUGUAGCACGCGAGCGCCAGCUGCUGGAGGAACUGGAACGUUUGCGUUUCUCAGCUCUGCCCACAGGCACUGUGCCACCGUCCCGAUCUUUCACGCCCCUGCUUGACGUUCCAGUGGACGGCUACGCCACACACACUCACACACACCAACCACACACAACCCGCCUGCGUUCACCCAGCCCUGCAAACACUAACUGGCUGCUGGCUGAAUCCCCUAAUAACACAGAGCGACGGGGCCGAUCCCCCCAGAGACGGGGCAGUGGUUCAGCCCGAACUAUGCCUAUUGAUGGGCUUGGGGGCAAUACCACUCAAGAGCGGGGGAGAUCUCCUUACAGAAAUGGCCAUCGGAAAGCCAGCAGUGAUAAACAUGACAGUGAAAAGAAUGUCAAAUAUACGGUGAUGAGUGCUCAUCGUCGUAGCAGAACCCCUCUGACUCAGGUGUUUGGACCAGGACUGAAAACAGAGGCAUCAACAGAAGAGGCAGCGAAAGACUACAUGAAUGGGCAUGCGGAGAAUGGUAACCACGACAACAAACUGACUGAGGAGUAUGAGCUGACCACGGUGUCCGUCUCCAAAACCAAACAGUCUCUCGGUAUCAGUAUUUCAGGAGGGAUUGAGUCGAAAGUACAGCCAGUGGUGAAGAUUGAAAAGAUCUUUCCAGGUGGAGCAGCAUCCACCAGCAAAGUGCUAAAGGCAGGAUUUGAGCUGGUGUCGGUUGAUGGCGAGUCUUUGCAGGGCGUGACACACCAGCAUGCUGUCGACGUCAUCAGAAGAGCUUUCAGCAACAAGGCCAAAGACCCCAUGGAGUUCAUUGUCAAGGUCCCCAAAAAUCCCUAA